AGACCUGCAAGUGUGUGACGAGCGUCUGGGGCGUGGUGAGCCCAGCUACACCGCGGCACCUGGCUUGCGGACUGUGCGUCGCCUGGUGGUGGGAGUGUUGGUUGUGCACUUCAAAUUGCCGUGCGUUGCUUGGCUCAGGUUCAGUCUCACUGCCUGCGCCAGGCGAGGAGCGCUGGCAUUAGGACUGCCAGUGAUCAGCGGUAGGCAGGUGUAGAGACAUCGUGUCCACCACAACCCCGGUGGAUCCGUGGCGAAAAUGUCACGCCCACCAGCGUUUACGGGUGGAUCUUACGAUCCGCGUACAGAAGACUUGACCCCGCCGGACUACGAUGAACGAGCAAGCCCUGUGCUCCGUAACGGCAAAAUACCCAAUGAGUAUGUGAGUAAACCGGACUUUCGAGUGAGGAUGGAGGAUGAGUUCCAUUCACCCAAUAACCAUCGGCUCAGCCAGGGGUCAGGGGACUACAACUACGUGUCCGACGAAGCGACAGACAUACCGCCAGACUACCUACAUCCUGUUCCAGAGCAUCAGGACGAAGAAAACUACGGGGAGGGCAGGGACAACUUGGGGUAUGUGCCUCCGGACUACCUACACCCUGUCCCCGAGCAGCCUCGAAGUCACCAUGGACGAGGCAGCGACAACGUGGAGUACAUUCCUCAGGACUAUCUAGAACCUGUUCCAAUGCAGCCUCGGGCCGCUGACUAUAGACAGGGUACCGAGAACCUGGGGUACGUGUCGUCGCCGAACGACCAGCAUGGUGUCCGCAGGAGGAAUAUCCCCAACGGCACUGUGUCGUCGGCCGGGCUGAGUCCUGAGUCGGUGGAGACGUUCGUGCCCUAUGACACGGACCUGGAUGCCAGGGGAUGGGACAACACCAGAGCGGGCAGUGUGGACUUAAAGUACGAUCCCCCGCAGGACUACGAAGCCGUGGAUGAGACCAAUCUGCCCAGCACCCAUGUGCACGCAAAGGCCAAAACACUGACCGACAGGCUGCAGGAAGUCCGCCUUCAAGGAACCAACGCCGCGGCCAAAACGCUCAGGGACAGUAUGUGGGACAUAGAUACGUCGUUAAGAGGAACAGCAUGGAAGCGAUGGGAGAAGUGGAAGGCAGAAACGAAGGCUGCAUGGAACAGUGUCGAGGUCUGGUCAUCACACUUCAAAGAAAUUGAAGGUAAAUUUGGCAGUGCAACAGUCUCCUACUUCCGCUUCACCCGGUGGCUGGUGUACCUCAACUUGUUUGGCUUCCUAAUGUCCUUCCUAGUCAUCGUCAUGCCCUUCUUCUCUACGACGCAUCCAGAGUCUUUCAGCCAGUGGUUAAACACAUCAAAUCUCUGUAAUAGAACUGCAAGUAAUAGCAAUGAUACAUGCCCAUACCAGCUGCAGGCAAAACAAUGCAGCGAGGCUUAUAUGGAUUAUGUCAAAAAUUCGACAGACAAGAAAAAUAGGAGAUAAAUAGUAGAUUUCAUCGUAGGCACAGGAUGGCUGGAAACAACCAUACUGUUUUACGGAAACUACUACAAUCGCACCUUUGAAACUGAUGGGACCAAACACUUCUACAACAUGGGUCUGGCCUAUCUCCUGGCCUUGGGCUUCACCUUCUUUCUAAGUCUCAUCUUCAUCAUUCUAAACUCAAGCCGAAGUGUAAGAGAGGGCGUCAUAAUGGAGAGUGAAACAUUUACAACUUUCUUCACUAACAGUGUGUUCUGUGGCUGGGACUACUCCAUUGUUUCAGAGAAUUCUGCUGCUGUAAGAAAAAAGAUUCUGUUUCAAGAGCUCAAGGCUGCCCUGGAGGAGCAAAGGAAACGUUUAACACAGAUGAAUCGCUCAAAACGGGACCUUGCCAGAUUAUAUGCAGUGCGCUUGGCUGUAAAUGUGAUUAUUUUGUGCAUUCUGGCAGCAUCACUGUUUCUUGUGUACUACACCAUGACAAACUUGAUAGAUCUACAGAAACAAAGCUUGAAUAAGGAGCUGUCCCUGGUAGUGCAGUACCUGCCUUCAGUGACCAUCACUAUUCUCAACGUUAUAAUUCCUUUACUCUUUGCCAAACUUGUUUUUUAUGAAGACUACUGGCCGGUCACUGAAAUGAGAAUGACUCUUUUUAGAACUGUUGUACUGAGGCUUGCCUCGCUGGGUGUGCUGGUUGUCACACUUUACUACAGGCUGCAAGUUGAGGAACAGACAUUUCACAGGAUGGAAAAAGCUGUCCUGAAGAAGUCAAUGGUAACAGUGGGAAAAAGUGUUGCGGCAAUAACCUGUGACAUCGCAGUCUGGCUACACAUCGACUACAGAAGGCAGUGUGAAGUGCUGGGAGACAUAUGUUGGGCAGCAAUUCUACAAACUGACAUUGCUGGAUUUUGCAGUAUAUAUAGUUUACACCUUUCUGUGGAAUUCCCUCGCAAAACUAUUUAUGAACGCUUGAAAGGAAAGAUUGACCUUGUGGCGAAUUAUGGCAGCCAAGAGUUUGAUAUUCCACAAAACGUUCUGGAUUUAGUUUACUCUCAGACACUGUCUUGGUGUGGGAUGUUUUUCACACCACUGUUACCAGGCAUUUCAUUUGUCAAAUGCUUGAUAAUUUUCUUUAUUAAAAAAGUGUCUUUAAUGAACAACUAUGAGCCACCUCAGAAGGCUUACAAUGCAUCAAAGGCAAAUUCCUUCUUCAUGACAAUACUGUUGCUGUCUUUUAUUGCUACUUCUGCAGUUAUUGGAUAUAUGAUUGGAAACAUUCAUCCCUCCAAGAGUUGUGGUCCAUUUCGAGUCUACUCAAAUGAAAACUACACAGUAUGGAAGGCCUUAAUUGAUGAAAUUUUGAGCUGGCCACGGGGGGUUGCAAACUUCCUGUUCUUUUUGGCAACACCAGCUUUCUUUAUUCCUGCCUUUGGUGUUUUGUGUUUUGUGAUCUACUGCUACUGGACAAUUGGGCAGGGCUACAAGAAGAUGCAGGAGAUGUUGAGUGACCAUCUCAAAAUGGAAGGGCGUGACAAACAUUUUCUUCUGGCAAGGGUGGACGAACUGCAGAAAAGGCACAAACAACUUGAGAUCCCAGAGAGUCUUAAACAGUCCACCAGCAUUAAAGGCAAACUGCUGCUGAGUCCAAACCAGCCUAUAGACCAGUGGCCUGGGAACAGCUGAACUGUGUCAAGCAGAAUGGUUUUCUCUAGAACUUUCGUGUGAUAUAACGACUCGUUCACCUCUGUCAGGCUAGCAUAAAAAGGAGCAGAAAUGUCAAAUGAAGCAAUAACUGCUGGAAUGCUGAAACAUGUCUAGUCUCAAUCUUUUGCAGCAUAACUUUUGAUAGGUUUUUGGGUCUAUGUAAAGCAAACUUUCAUAAUAUUGUGUUCAUUUGGUCCCCAGAAAUAGGGCACUAAUUUGCUUUUUGUCUUCCUACAUUAAGACUUUUGGGCUGCAGUAAUUUAUUUAAAAAAACUAGUAUUUAAGAUGUUCUAAAUAAGUGGGUUUUUGGACGAAUUGAUGUUGAGAAUGUUAGGAUCCAUGUUUUCUUGUUCAUUUCUUCUCAUGUAUCUUUGAAGUUUGUAAGUAUUUGGAAAGUUUUUAAUUAACUGUUUACACAAAAUGCUGAGAUUCACACUAACAUUGGCCAAUUUAAACCCAAAAGAUUGCAUAAAUUCAGUGAUGUUGUCAAACUAUAAGCACAAGCAAAUGUGAAGUAAAAAAGUCAGGUCCUUUGUGUUUGGUAAACCAAGUAUGUAGUGGAUGUACAGAAAAUAUUCAAGAGCUAAGAAAUGGUCAACCUGGUGUGUGCUUUUACUCUAAUUUCUUUGUCCAUUAUUUGAUAAUGGAAGUGUUAUUAUAAGAGGGCUGAUUGCUAGACAUCAUUUGAUUACUUGAAAACACUUAUAUCCAGAUCUCCCAAUACUUACAAUUUUUUUUAAAAAUUGACAUCAGAAAGCUUAAUCAAAGGCUUAAUAAUAAAAGCUUCAUUUUCUGCUGUCUGUUUCUUACAUUAGAAUAUAAAAUGCAUAUUUGUGCCAAAAACCCUUUUGUCUGUGUGUUUGUUUUUUCGAGUGGCCAAAAACAGAUGUAAAAAUUAUAUCUUUGUUAUCUCAGAAAAACAAAUGACAAUCAAACCUGUAAAUAUUGGGGCAUUUAUUAUGCUUUGAAAAGCAGACAGGCAAUAUCUGCUAUACCAGGAUUGAAAGAAUGACUAAAUAGUAUGAUGGCAUCUGUCUGCACAUAUACCCUAGUGAAAAGUUAACAUAUUUCUACAAAAAAAAAGUAUUAAAAUGGUACGAUUCUUAUGAAAAAAAUGUGUUGAAAAUUGUUUAGUGUCAAUUGGAUUCAGAAGGGUACAGUUUAUAAUAAAUAUUAAUGUUUUUUGAAGUACUUUGAAAAAAAUGGUUUGUGCAUGAUUUGUAAAAAUGUGUUAGAUGUAGAAAUUAAGUCUUUCUAAAUACACUGCUUUAAAAUUUAUGCAACAUUUACAAGUCAAAUGAUAUUUAUGUUUUGUUAAGAUUCAUUUUCUGUAUUCCACACAGGAUGCAACCAUCUUUAUUAUCUAUUAUUGUUCUUUCAGACUGCAACGAAUAAAGUCAAUCAAAACCAA